GCAGGAAACCACAAUUCCCAGAAUGCACUUGACGUUAACUGUGGAAAGGGGGAAGGGAAACUGAGAUUGGAGGGAGAGAAACUGAGAUAUCCAUGACAACCAGUUUGACAUACCAUGUCAUGAGUGCCCCCUAUUGGUUGGAUCUUGUCAAGGAGAAGGCACACUUCACCAAGACUCACCCCACCUUAGUUUGAGCAUUGUUAUAUUGUGGAUGUGAGGUGCCAACAUUGAGUGUCAAAGCAAUGAAGCAGCUGGGAAAGAGAGAGGCCACCCUAGAUCUGCAGUGUCCAUACCCAGCUCUACAGCCCCUCUAAUGGGGCAGGAUGCAAAACAAAAUGUAUUCAAUGAGAUCUACCUGUUGACUACUCAGGACCGAGAGAGCGAGAGGAAGGAAGGGGACGUUUGACAAAUAGUAUUUGUGGAAAGGGACACAGCAGACAUGGGGGUCUUCCCAAUACCUCUUCUGACUGCCUCAUUCUGGGGGAAAAGGCUUUAAAGGGUAGAACAGGGAUUACACAGUCACACACAGACACACACACUCAUGCCAUGGAAGGGGACAGUGGUGUCACAGCACACACAGAGGGUCUGAAUGGUGUGUUCCAUCAUGAAUGUAAAGAGACAGAGGAGCUAACCAAUGGCCACUCCAACCACAAACCUGUGAUGAAUGGACUGAUGCCAGGUCAUAGUGUGAAAGAGCAUGGCAACGGUAGUUCAGUGCUCAAAUCUCUGCCAAUUUCAGCUCUGAAGCAGAAUGGCCUUCUGCAGUCCCUGGCAGUAGGAGGAAAGCAACCCAAGACAGAAAGGGAGAGUGCGGAUGUGGAGCAGGCUAGAGAGGAGUGGGAGGCUCUAGAGAGUAUCCAACCAGUGGUCAGUGAGGAGUCCAGUCCCACCCCUCUCAUCUCCUUUAACGAGGCGCUGCAGCACUUCCAGACUACAGACCUUGGAGAGCUGCUGAAGAAGAUCCAGCCCACCAUUCGCAGGACGGGUCUGGCCACUUUCACACACUUCCUGUUUGGCCCGCCGCGACUUCACCGGGAACUACUGGAGGAGAGGGACCUGGUCUUUGCCAUCGCACAGUGUUCUCUGGAUAACAGUCAGGCUGUACACCUGCGUGUUCUACAGACCAUCUAUAAGAGGCUGACAGGCAGUAAGCUCGACUGUCCUCGGUUCGGGACACACUGGGAGAAUGUGGGCUUUCAGGGUACGGACCCAGCCACAGACCUGCGUGGUACAGGUUUCCUGGGGCUGAUGCAUGCCUUGUACCUGGUAAUGGACCCUGAGACGCUGCCUUUAGCCAGAGACAUCUUCAAGCUGUCCCAGCACCCCACACAGAACUUUCCUUUCUGUGUGAUGUCCAUCAAUAUGACCUGUAUCGCCCUGCAUGCACUCAGAGAAGAGGCCCUCUCCAAGGAGUGUAACCGUCGACAGCAGGUAGUGGGGGUGUUAAAUGAGUUCUACGUUGCCACGUUCCUGCACCUCUACCAGCUGUGGAAGAGCCAGCAGAAGACCAUCUCUGACUCCGGCUUCGUCCUGAAAGAAGUGGAGCUGUUUGCCAAAAAGAACCCCAAGCAGAUGCUGCGUCGACUGGACGUCUUCUUGAGGGAGAGGAGGUACCCGGACCCCACGGCCCAGCGACCCUCACCUUGCCUGGGGGGGAGAGGGGCCAGGUCUGAGGGAACCAGGGGCAAGGAGAUGCACUUCACUGGAGUGUGUGAGCUACCACUAAACAUGGAGGGAGAGGCCAGGCUCAUCUGACACACAGAGAGUCUGUGUGUACGGCUAGACUAGUCUGAGCUAGAGAGAGAGUGUGUUUGUGUCAGUUGUGUGUGUAGGGACCCCACCAAGCUUUGACCCACUCCCUGCGGUCCUUUCCCAUUGAUGCUGUAAAACUGCUGUCAGAACAGUUUGUAUGGAGUCACUGACUCCUCUCCCAACAGAUGUACUUGUCGGUGUGGCAUGGGACUGAUGGAUGAAUAGAAGAUGUCAUUAAAUAGAGAGAGAGAGAAUGAAAGGUUAGCGUUUCAAGGACUGGUGUGGGUGCAGGCUUUGCUCCAGACAAGCAGUAGCACACCUGAUUCUACUAAUCAUCCAAUCAUAGUUGGUUUAUUGAGGCCAAAUCAGAAGCUGCCAAACCCCAGGGCUUCUAUGUGUCUGCAGCCCUAGUAGAGUUUUGGAAGGGUGUAGGGUCAUUGACUGUCUUCUACUGUCAGCAGAACUGUGUGUGCGUGCACUAGGUAUGGAGAUUAAGGUGUGUGUUGGCUAUAGGGAGUUGGAACAGUGAGGCCUGUGUUUCUGUAUGUUGUCAGGUCGAUAUGUGUGUGUCUGGGUUCGGAUGGUUCUUGUCCCAGUGCAGGUUAAAUAGGCUUUUGUGUGUGUGUGUGUCUGUGUGUCUGUGUGUCUGUGUGUCUGUGUGUCUGUGUGUCUGUGUGUCUGUCUGUGUCUGUCUGUGUGUCUGUCUGUGUGUCUGUCUGUCUGUCUGUCUGUCUGUC